ACGACGAUCAGACCAUCACAGCGAGCGAGAGAGAGAGAGAGAGAGAGGAGGAGGAGGAGGAGGAGGGGACGACGGCGACGAUGAGGGGUUGGCGAGAGGAGGUGGUGGCGCUGUCGCUGCGCGGGUACGGCUACGGCAACGAGGAGGACGACCGGCCGGAGAAGCCGCGCCGGUACGGAGUGACGGAGAUGCGGAGCCCCUUCUACUCCUUCCGCCCCGCCAACCAGGCCCUCCAGGAAAUAUUGGAUUCUCUUGGUCCUUUUGUUGACGGUUUGAAGUUCUCUGGGGGAUGCCAUAGUUUGAUGGGAAAAGAAUUGGUUAGAGAGAUUACUGAUUUAGCACACAAACAUGACAUAUACGUGAGCACAGGUGACUGGGCAGAGCAUCUUUUACGUCAAGGACCCUCUUCUUUCAAGCAAUAUGUGGCGGAAUGCAAGGCCUUAGGGUUUGACACAAUUGAGCUGAAUGCUGGAUCUCUCAAGCUCCCUGAAGAUGCUCUCCUGAGAUUGGUCCGCCUCAUCAAGAGUAGCGGUCUGAGGGCAAAGCCACUGUUUUCCGUGAAGUUUGACAGUUCUGAUAUUCCUGCAUCUGGUGGUAGGGCAUUUGGGGCGUACAUAGCUCCAGUCAAGGAGCGGAGCUCAGAAAGAAUUGAAGAUGUUGAUCUGCUGAUUAGGAGGGCAGAGAGAUGCUUGGAAGCAGGGGCAGAUAUGAUCAUGAUAGAUGCUGAUGACGUUUGCCAGCGCGCUGACUCCCUGAGGGCAGACAUCGUUGCAAAGAUAGUAGGCCGGCUCGGUCUCGAGAAGACCAUGUUCGAAGCUUCAAACCCCAGCACCUCCGAGUGGUUCGUCAAACGAUACGGCCCAAGGGUGAAUCUCUUCGUUGACCACUCGGACGUGAUGAAUCUGGAGCGCCUGCGGGGGUUCAACAUGUGCAGAAGCGACCCUUCCUCCCGUUUCGCCUCACCAUUCUUCCUGUUGUAAACGAGCUUUUCCUGAAACCCGGAGCUGAGAUGGUUCUCUAGCUCCGCGCCUCUGGCCGCGCAGCUUGUUAUGGCCUCAGCCCUCAGAGUAACUACCAGCGAGCAAUGCGCUAGCACCUGUUGUGUUAUGAAUAACCGCUGUAAUAAUUGGCUCUGUAUAUAGUACUGUAUCGACGUUUGUGUUCAUUGCAGUUGUUGCACCAGAUUGUGUUCGAGUUGCUAUGUUAGUCCAUGUGUGUGCAGUUGCGCGCAUGCGAAACGCCGGAAUUUUCAGGAUCUUCAACA